AAGACAAGAAGCUUAAUUACGAUUGGAAGUGUGCAUGGUUCAAAUAGGUCAGCAACUCCUCCAUUUGUGGAUUCUACAGAAGAAAUAAAUGAUGAACCUCUUCUACUUGCUAUCAUUGAAAAUGCAAACAUGGAUGGUGUAAAACAUUUGCAUACAAAAGAUCCUCGUUCAAAAUACUUCUGGGCAGCAGUGAUUUUGAUAUUUGUAUUACUAGCUUGUUUCCAAAGUUUUAAACAAGUCAAAAUGUACAUAACUACUCCAAUAGCAACAAAUAUUGAAGCAGCUUAUCCAAAUCAAAUACCAUUUCCUGUUGUAGCUGUUUGCAAUAAUAAUCAAUUUAGGUUAACAUAUUUGACCGGUCCAGCAAUUCAAAAUCGUAAACCUAAAGAACCAAGAAGCAAUGAUAGUUUAUUUAAACACGAUAAUAUAACAGUUUUUGAUAAAGUGUUGUUAAAUGCUUGGGACAUGGAUGCGGUCAAAUUUCUCAGAAAUGCAGCCCACUGGAAAUCUCGUAUGAUUUUAAGCUGCACUUGGCCAAAUGGUACAAGUUGUCGAUUGUCAAAUUUCAAAGCAGUUUGGACUUUAACAGGUCUAUGUUGGGCCAUUAAUGUUGAUCCAAAUAACCCGCACUACAUAUCUUCUAGUGGAUCAAACAAUGGUCUUAGGUUGUUACUCAAUAUUGAACGGUAUGAACGUGUUCAAAGUUGCACACCAUAUUUUCGAACAACAAGCCUUCCAGGGUUAAAAAUAUUAAUUUACAAUCAAAGUGAUAUUCCUGAAUCAUCACUUCAUGGUGUUAAUGUUCCACCAGGAUAUACAAUGGAGAUUCCAUUUAGAAUGCAAAAAAGACACAAGUACUCUGGUGCAGGAUGUGUAGAAGAGAAAGACAAAAAUCUUGCAAAAAUGUUAACUGUUGAUGAUCCACAAAAUAUUCAUUCUUGUAGCAUACGAAAAUAUUUGCGAAAAAUCGAAAAAAAUUGCAAAUGCUCCAUGGCUCGAGCAUACAAUCCUAAUCCCGGAGCUUUCACGUUUUGUAAUGUAGAGCAGUACUUUACGUGUGUACUACCUACUCUACAAUUUGGUAAAGAAAGGGGUUUCGACCGAUUUGAUUGUCCUUCCCUUUGUGAUGAAGUGGAUUACACGGCUUGGCAGGAUAUGACUCUGUUACCAAACAAUAUAUUUCCUUCUUUGAUCGAUACUACUGAAGAAGAAGAUGUUGAAGAUGUUAUCGAUGAUUAUGAUACUGAAAAUGAACUAAAUUUUAUGGAUUCUCAUCGAGAUGAGCAUUUUCAGUGUCAAGAAAAUCAGCUAUUGAGUGAUCAGCAAAUACGGCAAAUUAAACGUGCUGCGCAGCGUGCUUAUGAAAAGCAGUCUCGUUAUCAGGAGGAUAUACAGUUAAGAACAAAACGAUUGAUAUUAAAGUUACAAGAAGCUACACAGAAAUUGAUUGAAAAUGGUUGGGGUUGGACGGAUAAUACAUAUCGAAAUGCAUUUGAACGCCUGAACACAUCAAUUAGUUGCUUCAUAAAGAUGCCUGUAAAUCAUGCAGAAAUGUUUUCUGCAAUUGAGAAUCCAUCAGUGCUCACUGAAGAAUCACGAAUUUCUUUAAUUCAUGGACUUCUUGCAUCAGAUGAUGAUCCACUCAGCAUUCAACGAUUCCAAACGAUGGUGCAACUACGCGAAGUAUACGGUGAGCGUGUUGAUGAAGUAAUGAAGGAACUUCAAAAAUUCAGCAAUACAAUACACAAACUAUACAAAAUCUAUGAUCCGUCUAACUAUAAACUGUCAUUGGGUACUGAUCUGAAACGUAUGAAUACAACAUUAGCAUUAGCACAGCAGUACGAAGCUGGAAGGCUUCAACGACGUGUUUGGGCUGAAAAAAUGCAAUCACGAAAUAUGCGACAUUUUUUUGAUCAAGAAUUUUAUGAAAACUGGUACAAUCCAAUGUUGAAAGAUUUAGAUGAACAGUUAGUGCGAAAUAUUGCUGAUAUAGCCGAUGAUGAAUUGCCAAAAUUGAUGGCUUCUAUCGAUGAUGGCAAAGGUUUACAGAUAGGUUCUAUAUUAUAUUUUGGUGAUACUAAAACGAAACACAAAGAGCAGUUUGCAAAAUUUGUUCAUGAUAUAGUGGAUUGUACAUUUGGCAACGUUAAAAAUGAAAGUAUUGUUCUACUCACUGCCUUCAAGAAAGCCAUGAAUGAAUUUCAGUCAGCGUAUACUAAUUUAUAUCAUAAAGAAUUACCCACUUAUUUGGCCAAUUUUGAUUUUGGAUCAGAGUUUGUUGAGCAGAAUUUUGCAAUGGUAAAUGUUUUCUUGCAUCGAAUGACUAUUGAAACAUGGAGGCAAGAAAGUACAUAUAGUAUAUGGAGUUUGGCCUGUGAUGUUGGUGGUGCACUUGGUUUGUUUCUUGGUGCAAGUUUACUCACAGUUAUUGAAUUGUGUUAUUCAUGCAUUCAAUAUGGACUGUGUAAUCCUUUAUGUUACUGGUCUUUAAAUUUUGGGAGAGAUACAAAAAGACGUACUGUAAAUAAAUGGAGGCAAAAGAAAAAUUUUGAACAAGAAUCAAAAUUAGCAAGUGUAGUCGUAAAAGGCAUUGAAAGUAAAGUAUUACCAAAUAAUACAUCAUCAUCAAUUGCGAUAGAAGAAAGAACUGCAAGCUACAAACUAUUUGAUGAUAAUUACGAUGAUGAUUAUUAUAACGAAAAUCAUUUACAGCAGCAAAAAAAUGAACAGAAUAUAAUGUGUAUGUCAGAAGAAUCAUACGAGCACGAGCCUUCUUCAAGUUCCACAUCAUCUUUCCACUUCAUUAACGCAAACAACAAUUACUUGAAACGGAAAAGUUGCAAUAACAAUUCUAAUUCGACUAAUACAAAACGAUUAAAUAAUGCAACUACUUCUGAUCUUGCAAAAAUAUCUUACAAACAUCCAGAAUCUUCUGGGAACACUAAGAAGUUAUCAGCAUUAUUUCGAUCAGAAGAAGAACGACAAACAUUUGUGUGA